GUUUACUCUCGUCAACCAGCUAGGAACCAAUGUGACCCGCGAGCGUACCUAGGGUUGGGGACGGUCUUCCUCUGCAUUCCGAAAUGCCUCGGAUUCCGCGACAAACAUUCAACAUCCGCACCGCCCUCUCUGGACCUGUCACCAGCCCUGCUCGCGAAAAGGAACUGAGGCUCGUCAAGAAAAUUGAUAUUUCCCCAGAAAUCCAAUCCCUCCUAGAGACACCCACAUGGUCCGUGUCUCAGCUUCUGCCUACGCCAUCACGGCGAUCUAAAACGAGAGACUCGACGACAAGCACAGACAAGACUUCAUCCGAAGCACCGGCACAGUUGAGAGACGAAGCUACACCGAGCUCGAAAGAAAUAACGCGUGAGAAACUACAUCACCUCCUCCGCCUCUCCGCACUCCCUCUCCCUAAAAACCAAGCCGAAGAAGCCCAAAUGCUCCGAGACCUGCGCGAUCAAGUACACUUUGUCAAGGAAAUCCAGAAAGUCGACACAACCGGUGUCGAACCUCUUGUGGCCAUCCGCGACGAAACCUCGGAACAUAGACAAGAACGCACCAUUACCCGAUCGACCUUGGCCGAGUUCAUCGCACUCGAGGAGAAGAAGGGUAGGAAUGGAACGAUAAGGAGAAGAAGAGAUACCUAUCAGGUCACAAGUUUCACCCCGGAUAGUCAGCCGUGGGAGGAGGACCCAUUAGCUUGGAGUAAGGUUGAGGAUCCCUGGGCACUCGGAGAAGACGGGGAGAGUCGCAAGAUGGGAAGGUUCUUCUUCGUCAAGAGGCAGGUGCCCGAGCCAAAGCCCGAGGGGGCGGAUAAAGAGGCGGGAGGGAAGAAUACGAAGGAAAAGGACGUGGAUUGACCAGGAGAAUAGCCGGCUACGACUUCUCAUCAAAGCUCGAGUAAUCUUCCGGGAAACCAGCAUGCUGAAGUAGGAGCCGGAGCAGAUGCAAAGGGAAGCAAACACCGAACACGGGACGCCUUUGCUCAGGCCAAACACCAGCGUUGUGGAGUUAUGGGUAUUAUCACAUGAAGGUGACUUCUGCGGGCAAUGAGGAUGGAUUCGUGCAGAGAUGCAAGGGACUUACUAGGGACUUACAGUCUCCAUGCAUCUAGGGCCAGCUGCCGAGCCCGAACUGCAGAACAACAGAAGAGCAGGCGGAAGAUUCGUCCCAGUGGACAAUAUUCCCUCAAUCCUCAUCCGUCGCGCUCCCUGCAUUCGCAUAUAUUUACGGCUUUUCCGACGACAGUCAUCAGACCCAGAUUGCUUGAUGCACGGACGGAAUCAGCGAAGCAUUGCAGCUUCGAGUACGGAAGCUGGACGGGAGGUUGGUUUCCAGAGUUCGGACUUCCAACAGCCGUUCACCGCCGGUAGUCGGGUACCAGGCUGAAAUGCCUAGCGAGCAGUGGAGGAGCAGAGAGCACGGUAAGGAAUGGCAGAAAGAGUUUCAGUGUGGUGGCACACUGAAGAUGGAAAAGUGUCAUAUGUCUAGACCGGGAAGCGGAGUCGCUGGGAGGCUCUGUUAUAGAAUCGGACGGCCAAUCCGGAAUAUCAAUCCCAAGCAUACGGAUCCCACUCUCCCAAAUUUGCCUUCUGUCCCUCGUCGAGGCCGUCAAUGACUUCGACAUCUUCUUUGGAAAUCUCCCAGCCGAAAAUUCCCUUGUUCUCGAUGAUCCGCUGUUCUCGAUCGCUCUUGGGAAUCACUACCAGGCCUUUCUGCAGCCCCCACCGCAAGACGAUCUGAGCUGGGGUCCGGCCGUACUUCUGAGCAAGGGAGACAAUGGUCGGGUCGUUCAGUCGCCGGCCCUGGGUGAGGGGCGAGUACGCCACCACGACGAUGCCCUUGGCCUUGCAGUACGACACGAGCUGCCUCUGCUGGUUCCACGGGUGGAGUUCGAUCUGGUUGCAGACGGGCUCGAUGUAGACGCCCUGCUCGGUCAUGAGCUGCUCGAUGUGCUUGGGCGCCCAGUUGGACACGCCGAUGCUCUUGACCAGGCCCCUCUCGACCGCGUCCUGGAGCCCCAGCCACGCCUCCUUGCGCGCCAGCGGGCCCGGCCGCGGCGUGUGCAGCAGGUAGAGGUCGAUGGAUGGCAGGCCGAGUUUCUGCAGCGAGGCCUCGACGCCCGCGAGCGCCCCGUCGCGCGAGUACAUGUCCUCCCACAGCUUCGAGCACACGAACAGCGUGGAAGGGUCGAUCUGGCUCUGCGCGAUGGCCGCGCCCGUCUCCGCCUCGUUCUUGUAGAUCUGCGCCGUGUCGAGAUGCGUGUACGAGUUCCGCAGCGCCGCCAGGGCCGACUGCGUGCACGUCGCGCUCUGGCAGGUGCCGAAGCCCAGCACGGGGAUCUCGUGCCCAGACUUUAGCGGCAGCGUCGAUGAGAUCUGUAGUUCAGGCAUUUUUUAUUAUUGAGAAACUCGAGGGGCA